AUGUCUGACGAAGGAGAAGAAAGCGACGGCGGGAGAGUGCGUCUCUCGGAGUCUCCUUCCCCGCCGCGGAGCCUCGGUCAUCCCCGAGGAUCCCCAUCAUCACCGCGGCCCCUGGACGUUUUUUCCUCUGCUUCUCCGCUGCUUGGGGAUACAGACCCACCGUAUCUGGCUUCUCCUGAGUGUCUUAACCCAUCAACAGAGAGCAAAGACCCGGACUACUCCACUCAACAUGCCCCUACAAAGUUCCAGCAGUACAGCGAGGACCCCAUUUCUCCGUUCGAUUCGCGGCAUGACGUGCGGUUGAAUACGGAGUACGACUACGAGCACUAUAGUGACCCGUUCCCCAAAUGGAGAGGUCGUGGCGCGGCGAAUGCGGAGCGCGUUCAGCACCGCGGACAGAGACUGCGCCGAGCCCCCGAGCUGCAGGACUACGGUAAUCACUGUGAUGGAGACAAAGUAGACACAGACUUCACAACAGAAAGCCGCCAAACGGUGGAGGCCAUGCACCGGAGGCACACAACUCUGCGGGAGAAAGGGCGUCGCCAGGCUGUGCGAGGUCCGGCCUACAUGUUCAACGAGCGAGGGUCGGCGCUCACUGCAGAAGAGGAGCGUUUCCUGGAUGCUGCUGAAUAUGGAAACAUCCCGGUAGUUCGUAAAAUGCUGGAUGAGUCCAAAACCCUCAACUUCAACUGUGUGGACUAUAUGGGUCAGAAUGCAUUGCAGCUGGCGGUUGGGAAUGAGCAUCUGGAAGUCACAGAACUUUUGCUAAAGAAAGACGGCCUGGCGAGAAUAGGUGACGGCUUACUCUUAGCUAUUUCAAAAGGAUACGUCCGCAUUGUGGAGGCGAUAUUAGCACACUCAGCGUUUGGUGGGGGGCUACGUCUGGCGGUGUGCCCUAUAGAGCAGGAAAUGCGUGACGAUGACUUUUACGCCUAUGAUGAAGAUGGGACACGGUUUUCCCAUGACAUCACCCCGAUAAUCCUGGCGGCUCACUGUCAGGAAUACGAGAUUGUGCACAUCCUGUUGACUAAAGGCGCCCGCAUAGAGAGGCCCCACGACUACUUCUGUAAGUGUGACGAAUGCCUGGACAAGCAGAAGAAGGACUCGUUUAGUCACUCCCGCUCCAGGAUGAACGCCUAUAAAGGACUGGCCAGUGCUGCCUACCUGGCCCUAAGCAGUGAGGACCCCGUGCUUACCGCCCUGGAGCUAAGCAACGAGCUAGCAAGACUCGCCAACAUCGAGACUGAGUUUAAGCAGGCGACUCUGAGGUGUCCUGUAGACACACUGUGUUUGGCCAAUCAGUUCUCUUUAAAAUAA